GGCUAGUAUUUGUGCAUCGUUACAGGACCAGCUCAAAAAAGAAACACUCUACGACGAUGCCGUCACCUCCAACCGAAGACACAAACAUGACAAGUCAAACCAGAGCAACACCGCACUGCCUAUAAAUUCUCGCCACUACCACAAUCUUACAACAAGACAGGGGGACUCGCUCGCUCUCCAAUUGCCAGAUCCCCAGCCCCAGGAGCUUCCAAGUUCCAAGCCUCUCCAAUGGCGGUCAAGGUCUAAGCCGCGUCAGCAUCCGCACCACCAUCUUCUUCUAGCAAGGUUCACAUCCUAUCCUAAAUAGGCAUUUUCUUGGUCUUGCUUGCCGUAUCCCUAUCCAAAGAUUGGUCCGUCCGAUGCAACAACUAAUGUUUAUCUUUCAUUUGCUUUUUCUGUGUAUUAAUUAAACUCUUUAUUGAUUUUCCAGUAAUUCUCGAAAUUAAGUAUCACUUUUGGUCAGCUAGACGCCGCAUGGCUCUGUUUUUCCCCUUUGUUCGUAGGCAAUAUCACUAGAUUGGUAGAUGUGAUUUCGUCAGUGCGCGCAGACAAUGAUUUGAUCACGAGAGGGGGUAAAAAUGAGUCAGGCCUCAGUCGUUUUGCAGGAUUUCUAUGGCAAAAACAUAGGAACAGGGAUUCCGUAGGAAAUUUUUCUAUAAAUGCAUUCGGUUUGUAGGAAACGCAUAUUUUCUAUGUUUUUGGAGAAAUAUACACAUCUAUUCAAAGCUUAUUUUGUGCGUAGUAACGAGGCAAGACAAUUUUGUAGGAUGGCAAGUGACUUCCUAUCAAAUUCCUAUACUACUUCUAAUUUCUACAUUUUGGUUUCCUCCAAACCGAAUGAGGCCUCGGGGGAAAAAUUGGACUCCCCCACAAUCCUAGGGUGCAGGGUAGGUUUCAAUCAGGGUCUCGAUCAUGACGGCAGGUUUUGGUAAAGAGCAGUGCUAUACACACGUCAUCGUGUGGACAAUCCUGCACAUCAUUUUCGUUCGGUAAAUUGGAGUACACCUUAAAUUAACUUAUUUUCUGGAAGUGCUCUUUGUCCAAAUCGACUAGUGCUCACUAGUCAGUGCUGUACUUGGAAAUAUGGUUUGCACCAUGAUGGUGGCAUAUCUUGAUUAAAUUGCCAACUUGUCUUAAUAGUUUAAAGAUAAUGGAUGACAUCUAGUUAGGCGCAGUUUUUUUCUAAAGAAAUAUAGCAGUACCAUCUAGUGGGUCAUACGUAGAUGGCAUAAUUGACUUAUUUUCCAUAUGUCUGGCUUAUUCUCACAUGUCAACACUUCCGUGCUGUGUUUCCAAGGAAAAAGUCAGCCGAGAACUUCCAUAAAUCCUUUGACGAACAAACCACCUGAGGGAAUUGAAAAAAGAGUGGCGACAAAGAGUUUGCAGAGAAGCUUCAAAAUUUAUUGCAUAAAUUCACCGUUCAAAAAGCUACAUGACCAAAACUGCACCACCAGUUUUCUUUCCUACACAAACUUUAAUGUUGUUAAUACUUGCUAAGUUGCUAUUAUCCUUGUAUUUUUUUUCUGCAAAUUUUCAAAUGACAUGCUACUCCUAAUAAAGUCCUGCCUGCAAAUUUUCACUUGUUCUAGUGCUUUGGAUGUAAUGCCAGGAAGGGUCCUGGAACAUACUAUAUGCACCGAUGUUUCCACUGCCUUUGUUGCUUCUUCUGCUGCAUUCGCUCUGGCCAGCAUCAAGCAUUUCAGCCUUCUCAGCUGCAGAGAUAUUCAGCAUCAGCAAUGAGACUGACAUGGAUUCCUUGCUGGCACUCAAGACUAGUCUCGGUGACCAGUCAGGUGUGCUAUCCUCCUGGAACGCAAGUGGUGACUUGUGUCGAUGGCUAGGUGUGGUAUGCAGCCUCAGACACAAGCAAAGGGUCUUGAAACUGAAUCUCUCCUCGGCUGGCCUCUUCGGCACAAUUGCUCCUUCCAUUGGGAACCUCACGUACCUCGCUCAUGUAGACCUCAGUUCAAAUGCACUUCAUGGUGGAUUUCCGGCGACGAUUGGGCGCCUGCAUCGGUUGCGGUAUCUUGACUUGUCACACAACUCACUUCAAGGCGAGAUCCCAGAUAGCUUGAUGAACUGCACCAAAUUUACAAGCAUCGCCCUUUAUUCCAACCGACUCACCGGAGAAAUCCCUGCUUGGCUUGGAGGUUUAUCCAACCUUGAGUACAUUUACCUAGAAGCCAACAACUUCACUGGGGCCAUCCCGCCAUCACUCGCCAACCUCUCGUCCCUGCAGGAACUCUAUUUCUCACGAAACCAUCUUGAGGACACCAUUCCUGAGGGCAUUGGUAGGCUCGGUAUGCUUCAGUACGUUGCACUGGGAGAAAACCACCUCGUGGGCACCAUCCCUGCAACUUUCUUCAACCUUUCUUCGCUGGCUCAGCUCGGAGUGACAAACAAUGAACUUGAGGGAACGCUGCCGUCUAACCUGGGGAAUAACUUGCCAAAUCUCCAGGCCCUCUACCUUGACUUAAACCACUUCACAGGAAGAGUUCCAGCUUCACUAGCAAAUGUGACCACCGUAGAUGUUCUAGACAUCUCGCUCAAUAACUUCACUGGAAAAUUGCCUCCAGAGAUUGGAAAGCUCUGCCCCGAUAUCUUAUCUCUCAGCAGAAACCAACUUGAGAUAAGCACUGUUCAGGACUGGGAGUUCAUCACCUUCUUGUCCAACUGCACAUACCUCCGUGUACUUGAUCUUGGUUACAACCAUUUUACUGGGGAACUUCCGAGCUCAUUUGCCAACCUGUCAGCUCAUCUCCAGCUGUUGUCGGUUGAAGCAAACGAUAUCUAUGGGAAGAUACCUGUCCACAUUGGCAACCUUUUGGGGCUACUUGAGGUGUCAUUUUCCAACAACCGAUUUGCUGGAGUCCUACCUGACAGCAUUGGAAGGCUAAAAAUGCUAACAGUAUUGGACCUCCAAAAUAACCUACUAUCGGGGAUCAUUCCGUCAUCACUUGGGAACCUAACACAGAUGCAACAGUUGUUUGUGAAUGGGAAUAACUUUGAGGGACCUAUUCCACGAAGCCUUGGGAACCUGCAACAGUUAAUUACUGCAAACUUUUCGAGCAACCAGUUCACCAGUUCAUUGCCUAGAGAGAUUUUUAGCAUACCAUCUUUGUCAAAUGCUCUUGAUUUGUCAAACAAUCAUUUGGUUGGUAUUCUUCCGUCUGAAGUUGGCAUACUCAAGAAGGCCACCUUCUUGUACUUGUCUCGAAACAACUUGUCUGGGGUACUGCCCGAUGCUUUGAGCAACUGCCAAAGCUUGGUGGGCCUCCAUUUGGACAGCAACUCCUUUAGCGGCAGCAUCCCUAUGCCUAUGAGCAAUGUGCAUGGUUUGGUAAUAUUAAACCUCUCAAGAAACAAGCUUUCAGGCAUGAUUCCUCAAGAAUUAGGACGCAUGAAGGGACUAGAAAAGUUGCAUCUUGCACACAACUACUUAUCUGGAAAGAUCCCCGAGUCAUUCGAAAACAUGACCAAACUGUACCAAUUGGACUUAUCCUUCAACCAUUUGGAGGGUAAAGUUCCAGUGCAUGGUGUGUUUGCUAACAUAAGUGAAUUCUCCUUUGCUGGGAACAAUGGUCUCUGUGGUGGUAUCCUGCAACUGCACUUGCCUUCAUGUCCAGCUGAACCUUCAAAGCAUAGUCAAAGGAAACAUCAUGUCAUUCUAAAAGCAGCGAUUCCAGUCGCUAGCAUCAUAUUGUUCACAAUAUUAACAUUUUUAUCAUUUUUCUUGAGAAAGAAAUUGAGAGGUCGGUCGAUAGAAAAAACAAAAACUGCUCCACCAUUAAUGAAUGAAAUGUACCCUAGAGUUUCUUACGAUGAACUUGUCCAAGGAACAGAUGGUUUUGCUAGAAACAAUUUGAUCGGCAUAGGAAGAUAUGGUUCAGUGUAUAAGGGGAAUUUACUGCUGAAGAAUACAAUAACUGAAGUUGCUAUUAAGGUUUUUGAUCUUCAGCAGCCUCACUCUUCCAGGAGUUUUCUAGCAGAGUGUGAGGUGCUCAGUAAGGUCCGCCAUCGUAAUUUGGUCAGUGUGAUAACCUGCUGUGCUAGCUUGGACUCGAAGAGGAAUGACUUCAAAGCCCUUGUUCUUGAAUUCAUGCCUAACGGGAGCCUAGAUACGUGGUUGCAUCCAAGUCUACUUGUACAAGAGAGGCAAUGCUUGAAGCUGAUGCAAAGGUUGAACAUUGUUGUUGAUAUUGCUGAUGCACUCGACUACCUGCAUAACAACUGUGAGCCACCAAUUGUACACUGUGACCUGAAGCCAAGCAACAUCCUUCUUGAUGAGAAUUUGGGUGCCCAUAUUGGGGAUUUUGGUCUUGCAAAGAUCCUUUCAAAUCCAGUUGGUGAGAAACCGAUCAGAUCGAAAAGCACCAUCGCCAUACGAGGAACCAUUGGAUAUGUUGCACCAGAAUAUGGGGAAGGUGGUCAAGUAUCUGUGCGCGGAGAUGUGUACAGCUUCGGAAUUGUCCUCCUCGAGAUGUCUACUGGGAAGUCACCUACUCAUGACAUGUUCAGGGACGGGCUAACGUUGCAGAACUAUGUGGAGGCGGCAUUCCCUGAUGGGCUUAUGAAGGUCUUUGAUCCAUUAUUGUUGGCAACAGAAGAAGUUCCUGCGAAUGAUUUGUGUGGGGGAAGCAGCUCACUCAGAGAUCCAAGUAAUGUCCUGACCUUCGUUACAAGAGUGGCACUGCUGUGUUGUAAUCAAGCACCAGCAGAAAGGAUGCUUAUGAGAGAUGCUGCAGCCGAGCUCCACAGGAUCAGGGCUCGACCCAUCACAACACCAAUUGACCAGUUUGUUCUUGAGUGAUGUAGUACCAAGAGCUGUAAGGUAUCAGAUCUCUGUAAUAUCUUGAAUGAUGAUAAGAGUAUAUUACAUGAACGAUAAAUGCACACUUCAUAAAAGUAUAUAGUUACACUUGCAUGAAGAAUUUUGUUGGAGAAG